GGACGUUGCUUGCCGACGAGUCUACUAGUGCUUUUCGACCUUGCUUUUUUUUUCAAUAAAGUUUAACAUUGGAAAAAUGUAAUCCUUUUAACGUAAAGAAAAGAUCGGGGAAGAAAUUUCUCAAUGAAUAUUGAAUAGUCAACCCUCUGUUGGGGCGAUCUUCGUCCACUUUGGUACGUGCACAAUGGAUGUCCAUACAACUGAGUUAUGACUGCUGACCCGACGACACUCAACUGUUUUCAAUUUAAAAAGUACCCCAACUUAAUUAAAGCAAAAAGGAAAUUGAAAAUGAAAGUUUAAUAUAGAAGUAAAUACUUGAGUCGUGUAUGUUUUGUCGGCCAGCCAUGGAUUUGUCGACCAACACCAGGCCGCUCCUUCAAAAGAGUGACACUGAAAGCGAUUUUGACGAAGAUCCAAUAGCAAUAAGGAAGGAAGAUGAAGAAGUCAACAUCAAGGAUACAAGACCUCUUUUCAACGUGUGGGAACCAUUGGACAGGUACAACAUUGGCUAUUUGAUAUUCUACAUUCUGGGCACGAUAAUCCUCCUGCCGUGGUUUUUCUUCAUUACUGCUGAAGAGUAUUGGAUGUAUAAAUUUCGUGCAUUAAAUGCAUCGAUGAUCUUGAACGAGAGUGGAAGAUCAAAAUUGCAAGCUAGCUUCACUCCUUACAUGACUCUCGCUUCUACAGUACCGAGCACUCUGUUCUUAAUAAUAAACCCUGUUAUUAACCACAAAAUUUCAUUGAACAUAAGGAUGUAUGGUUCUCUUUUGACCAUGCUUGUGCUUUUUAUCAUUACGACCAUUUUUGUAAAAAUAAACACAGAUUCAUGGCAAGAAGAAUUUUUUCUGCUUACGCUAGGCAUCGUAAUAGUUUUAAACAUUGCAAGUGCAAUACUUCAAAGUGCGGUUUUUGGAGUAGUGGGUCGUUUCCCGUCUAAGUACAUCUCAGGGACGGUCAGCGGUCAGGCUCUUGGCGGAAUAAUGGCAGCAGUAGUAGAAAUAGUUUCAUUAUCAGUUGGCGUAUCCCCAAUUGUCAGUGCUCUCGUUUAUUUUAUCAUGGCAGAUGUAUUCAUCAUAGUAGCUAUAUUUUCUUAUAUGUUCCUUGCCUCUACUAUAUUUUUUAAAUAUCAUAGUAAGGAACUGCCAUCACAAGGAUCAAUCCAGUAUGAACCGGUUUUAAAUAAUGAAACCAGUCCCCCCAUUGUGAGGGAUAUUUCUUACUUAGGUAUCUUGUCAAAGAUAUGGGUGCUUGGUAUGUCCCUUUGGUAUUGCUUUGUUGUAAUGUUCAGUGUAUAUCCCUCAAUAACUGUCUUAGUGAAAUCCAUGGACACUAGAAGCACACCUUGGACAGAUAUUUAUUUUGUACCAGUUGUGACAUUUCUUUUAUACAGUGUGUGCGACUACAGUGGAAGAAUCAUAUCAGGCUACUUACAAUGGCCAGAAAAAAAAAGUUGGAUUAUCGCUGUGACAAGCAUUGUAAGGACAAUAUUCAUUCCUCUUGUCAUGUUCUGCAAUGCACAACCUCGGCAGAACUUGCCUGUUCUCAUAUCAUCAGAUCUAAUCUAUAUCAUAAUUAUUAUUAUUUUUGGUCUGUCUAACGGAUAUCUAGCUAAUAUAACAUUCAUCUCAGUUCCUAAAAUUGUGGCUUCUCACGAACAAGAAGUAGCUUCAACCAUGCUAGCAGCUUUUCUAGGAGUCGGCAUCGCUUGUGGCUCAUGCAUAAGUUUACUCUUUGUUAAACUGCUAUAAGAAUACUAAAGCAUCCUUUAGUAUACAUAUUUUCUUAUUUUUUCUCUAAUUUUAAAUCUAUUAUUUUACUUAUUUAAAAUAAAUUGUGGAAUGAAGAAAUAUGUUAGGAUGUGGCUACAUAAAGAACACAGUUAUUUUUAGAAUCAUUAUUUUUUUAUUUAUAUAAUGCGAUAAAAAUUUAUUUUCUGUUUGUGUGAAUAGUAUUAAAACACGAUUGUAUAUUAAUUGAAAAUCAGUGCACUUGCACUAGGAUCACAAUGUGAUAGGAAAUAGCAUGAAUUAAACCGCAAAAUUUUAAACUGA